AUGAAGCCGGAGUGCCCCUUUAAGGAUCACGAGCACUAUGACAACUUGUUUGAUGGAGUACUUUUGCCCUCCUUGCCAGAAGUCUUUACGGGCAUGGGCUCCAAUAUGAACACACGACUCGUACAUCAUGAUGCGUUUGCGCCUUUGGGUGAUAGUAAGUUGACGGCAGCACAAGCGCCAGCAAUGGCCUUACGGCCAAGACGACAGCAUCUCCAGCCGCCAAAUAUUCCCGGCUUGCUUGACUUGCUACCAAGUCCACACGAACUCAGCCAGUCACUACCACACAGUAACGUAUUCGGAAAGCAGCCAUCAAUGAAAGAACCUGAAAACCCAACGACAGCAUUCUCCUUCCACCAAGGUCAGGCGGCACCGAUCCUUCUGCAUAGCCUAAUGCAGGAUAACCAGCAUAAUUCCAACAGCUUGAGUGAUGCAGCACUCUUUCCGUUCCCGCCACAAGUUUCUAAAGGCGUCAGCUCAUUUGGAAAUAUAGGAUUCCCUCAUGAUGUGUUUGCGCCUACUUGUGACACGAAUGCGAUGGUCGUGUCAAGGCAAGGACGACAACAUAUUCCAAGUUUACCGGAAAUGCCACCAAGUCUUCGUCACGACCUCAGUGAGCCACUUCCACAAAGCACCUUCCUCGGGCAGCAGCCGUCAAUGAAAGAACCUGAUAACUCAGCGACACCAUUCUCCUUAAACCUAGGUCCGGCGGAACCACUCCUUCAGCCUAACCUACUCAACGGCUUGAGUGAUGCAGCAAUCUUUCCCUACCUGCCAAAAGUUUCUACCGCAAUCCGCUCCGAUGUAAAUACAGGAUUACAUCAAGAUGUGUUUGCGCCAUCGCGUUGUAGCAAUGUGUUCCUAUCACCAUCACUAGCAAGGGGCCUACAACAACAACGACGACAACAGCAAGAUCACAAGCUGCCACAUAUUCCCAGGUUGCAGGUAAUGCCACCAUACCAACACGACCUUAGCGAGCCACUACCACAGAGUAACUUACUUGGACAGCAGCCGUCGAGUAAAGAACCUGCAAAAUCUGCCAAAGCCAAACUAGUUUGCUCGGAAUGCAAUAAGAGUUUCUCGUAUCCGUCGGACUUCAAAAGACACAAAUCGGUGCACACUGGCGAGAGGCCAUAUCAGUGCAUAGAGUGUGGAAAAACCUUCAAGAGGAAGUAUAGUCUAACUGUGCACAAGAGAACACACACAGGUUACAAACCAUAUAAGUGUACAAUCUCGGGCUGUGAACAGGCAUUCUCACAGUCCGGCAAUCGCAACCGGCAUGUGCUUCGCCACAAGGCGAAUGUCAAGAAGCAAACUAAACCUGCCAGUGGAUGCAACUGA